UUGUUUGGUGUGCAGCUAAAUGCAGUGCAGCUAGCAAAGCUCCUCCUCCAAACUUCACAAAAACCACAAACCGUUCAAAAUCUCCGCAAAAAAAAAAAAAAAAAAAAACCGAUCAAACGCAGCUUAAAAAACCAAACCAGAGAGAGAGAAACCAAAAAAAAAAAAAAACCCCGCCGCCAGCAUGGCGCGCCUCUUCCGCGACUCCUCCUCGUCGCGCUCCAGUGGCCUCGCCGCCGGCGCCGACAACUCCACCGCCAGCAGUGCCUCGGCGGCGCCGCCGCUUCCCUCCCCGCUGCCCGACCUCGGGGUGGCCCUCUCCGCCUCCGACCUCCGCGCCACCGCCUACGAGAUCCUCGUCGCAGCCUCCCGCGCCACCGGCGCCAAGCCCCUCACCUACAUCCCGCAGUCCGCCUCCGCCUCCACCUCCACCUCUUCACUGUCGUCCUCCAUCCACCACUCGCUGGCGUCGUCGGCGGCGGCUGCCAGCAAGGUGAAGAAGGCGCUCGGGCUGAGGCCGUCCUCGGCAUCGGCGUCGUCGUCCAAGCGCCGCGGGAGGGGGCGGCCGGCGACGGCGGCGGAUCUAGUGCGGGUGCAGCUGGGGGUGUCGGAGCAGGCGGACGCGAGGAUCCGCCGCGCGCUCCUGCGCAUCGCCGCCGGCCAGCUUGGUAGACAUGCAGAAUCUAUGGUUUUGCCCUUAGAGUUCCUUCAGCGGUUUAAAGCAUCAGAUUUCCCUGAUCCACACGAGUAUGAAGCCUGGCAGUUGAGGUACCUGAAGCUUCUUGAGGCUGGUCUACUGUUCCACCCACUUGUUCCCUUAAAAAAGUCAGAUGUUUCUGCACAACGACUGCAGCAAGUAAUACAUGGAGUUUAUGAUACACCAACUGAAACUGAGAAGAACUCCAAACUCAUGGAGGGCCUGUACAGUGCUGCCAAGGCUCUUGCUGGCAGAUCUCUUGGUCAAACUCUUGAUGAAUGCCAUUGGGCUGAUGGCUUCCCUUUGAAUCUCCAUAUCUACCAAACUCUGGUAGAAGCUUGCUUUGAUAGUGAGGAUGGUGCUGUGGUUGAUGAGAUUGAUGAAGUGGUGGAGAUGUUGACAAAGACUUGGGUUAUUCUUGGAAUUAAUCAGAUGUUUCACAAUCUCUGCUUUGCAUGGGCAUUGUUCAACCAUUUUGUCAUGUCAGGCCAAGUAGAUAUUGAGUUGCUUUCUGGUGCAGAAAAUCAAUUAACUGAAGUUGUAAAAGAUGCAAAAGCUACAAAAGACCCAGAUUACUGUGAUGUUUUAAGCUCCACUAUAAACUCAAUAAUGGGUUGGACAGAGAAAAGAUUGCUUGCUUACCAUGAAACAUUCAGUGCUAGUAAUAUUGCUUCAAUGCAAGGUAUUGUCUCAAUAGGAGUCUCAACUGCAAAGAUUCUUGCCGAAGAUAUAUCUCAUGAAUACCGUAGGAAAAAGAAACAGGAGACUGAUGUAGUAGUUCACAGCAGGAUAGAAACCUAUAUAAGGUCCUCACUCCGUACUGCUUUUGCUCAAAAAAUGGAAGAGGCAGAUUCAAAGCGGUCUUCAAGGAACCCUAUGCCAGUUUUAUCAAUCCUUGCAAAGGCAAUUGGUGAUCUUGCUAAGAAGGAGAGAACUGUUUACAGUCCAAUACUCAAGAAAUGGCACCCACUUGCUAUAAGUGUUGCGGUUGCAACCCUUCAUUCUUGUUUUGGUAAUGAGAUAAAGCAAUUUAUGGCUGGGCUAACAGAGCUGACACCAGACACAGCUCAAGUGCUUAAGGCAGCUGACAAGUUAGAGAAGGAUCUGGUUAAUAUCGCUGUUGAAGAUUCUGCUGAUAUUGAUGAUGGUGGAAAGUUAUUUAUCAGAGAAAUGGAACCAUAUGAAGCUGAAAAUGUAAUGGAAAACCUGGUGAAAGCAUGGGUAAAAGAACGUGUGGACAAACUAAAAGAAUGGAUUGACAGAAAUUUGCAUCAGGAGACUUGGAAGCCAAAGAGUAAUGGAGAGAACUUUGCUCCUUCCUCGGUGAAGAUGAUGCAGAUAAUUGAAGAGACUUUUCAAGCGUUUUUUCAGUUGCCUAUAACAAUGCACUCCACUCUUCAUUCUGAUCUAACAACCGGACUCGAUAGGAAUCUUCUGUAUUAUGUCUCUAAAUCAAAAACUGCCUGUGGAACUCAGAGUACUCUUAUUCCCCAACUACCUCAUUUAACAAGAUGUGAUGUUGGAUCCAAGUUAUUCAAGAAAAAGGAAAAGCCACAGGUUCUUAUGAAGCGUGGAUCGCAAGUUGGAUCAACCACAAAUGGUCUGUCAGACAUUCCUGAACUCUGUGUUCGAAUAAAUACACUCUAUUAUGUCCAAACUGAGUUGCAGAGCUUGGAGAAGAAGAUUAAAACAUACUUCCAAAAUAUAGGAUCAAUUGACCACAAGACAUACGAGCUGAAUAUCCCCUUUAAGCUAUCUCAGGCAGCCUGCCAAGAAGGCAUUCGACAGCUGUGUGAAACAUUUGCGUAUAAGGUGAUAUACAAUGACUUGAGUCAUGUUCUUUUGGAUUCACUGUAUGCUGGUGAUACUGCAUCAAACAGGGUGGAGCCUUUGUUGAGAGAGCUUGAUCCUAUCCUUAGGAUGGUAUCUGGCAUAGUGCAUAAUGGUGUGCGGAACCGGGUGAUAACUACGUUGAUGAAAGGCUCCUUUGAUGGGUUCUUGUUGGUUCUUCUGGCUGGUGGACCUACCCGUGCCUUCACCCUUCAGGACUCUCAGAUGAUAGAGCAUGAUUUCAGAGCCCUCAGGAGCUUGUAUGUAGCCAAUGGCCGUGGCCUGCCAGAGGAACUAGUUGACAAGGCGUCGUCAGAGGUGAAGAACAUUCUGCCACUCCUGCGGACAGACACAGGGACCCUCAUCGAUCGGUUCAAGCGAGCAAUCUCUGAAUCUUGUGGCUCCACAACCAAAUCUGGGUUCCCAAUGCCUCCAGUACCCGCGCAGUGGAGCCCAAGCAAUCCAAACACAAUUUUGCGAGUUCUGUGCUACCGAAAUGAUGAGGCGGCUACGAAGUUCCUCAAGAAAGCAUACAAUCUCCCAAAGAAGCUUUGAAUUGUGGACAGCUCGAAAGGUUGAAUCCUUUUGUAUGUAUAUAUUUGCAGCUUGCAAACGAUAUGUUGAACUGUGCACAGUUAUGAUGUCUACAUUUGAAAGGUACCAGCAACACCAACACUAUCCGGGCGAGUUAUGCCGUCACCUCUCAGCAUGUGGCAGGCUCCAUGGAUGCGGGCAGAGGGUCAGAUUCUUGGAGUUGGUCCACGCUGGUCUAAAAGAUGAAAAGGUUGUGUGAUUUGUGAGUUUUACUCUUUGUGCAGCGGCAAUUUUGUGUUUUUUCGUUUCAGCUACUAUACAGUAUACACUCAAUCUGUGAAUAGGCCAUAUGAUAUACUUGACAACUGCAUAUACACGAGUGCUUACAAUUUUUGUACAAUUGACUAUAGUCUAUAGAGAAGAUGGGUGGAUGUAUACCGAUAGCAAUUUAUUGAUGCAUACCCUGUGAUAUUUGAGAUCACCGUGAU